UCAUACCAAGUGAGGGAAGGAGCAAGUUGCGCGUUUAUUCGAAUGAAGUGGGUUGUGGGUUGCUGGACUCUUCUCGUUGCCCCAAGCGUUCACCCCUAGACGAGGUUCACCGUUCACUUUGAAGCGUUAACGUUUACCAGUGUCUGUAAUUUAUUUACUUUUUGCACACAUUUUCCAUGGAUUACAGACUUUUUCCCACGAAAAUAUUUUGUUAGAAAGUAAUCCACUUGGUAAAAGGUUAGGUUUUCCUCAAUGUCUUUUGUUACACACAAUCUUCCAGUUUGUAUCUCUGGUUACUGUGUGAGUAGCUGAAUGACUACUUUUCACACUUUCAAAUCAUGUGGACUAGAAAUAUCCGUAUGUUUUCUUCCUUUGUCAAGUCUCAUACUUUAUCUGAUAAACGUAUAAAACUUGUUCAUAAUAACAAAUGUGGAUAUCCCUAUGCAAUAACGGAGGAUCAGAAACUUUUCAUUACUGAAGGGAACCCAGAGACAAAUAGAAAAUUACAAGAACUUUUAAUGUUUCUGUACUUGAAACAUGAACGUGGUGACACGCUACCAAAAUCAAUCACCGUAUUGGAAUUGACAGAUCUUUUAAAUUUGAGCAAUACUGAAGUGGAAAGCAAGCUUCAAAUGUAUGAGAGACGCCGUGAAAAGUUAUUUACCAACGCAAAUGUAACAAAGAAUUUGUACGUAAGACCCAAGUCUAGGGUAGAGAAAAGAACCAGAGGUACGGGAUCUAUUCAUGACGAACCUGUUAGAAAUAGUAUGUUUUUACCAAUUAUUCCUAGAAGUCAGUCGCUUUUCUAUAAUAUCAAUUUAGGGAAGGGUCUUUCUUUUGGACAGCAAGUUGUAUUUGACUGCUCAUAUGAUAGCUACAUGAGCUCAGCACAACUUAGAGAAACUGCCAAGUACUUGAAUAGCUGUGUACAUAUCAACAGAAAAAAUCGUAGACCAUUUGGUUUAAAUUUUUGUAAUGUUGAAAGGAAUAGUCAAGUGAUGCACCAUUUUAAACAUGAAAAUGGUGGUAUUGAAUUCCUUCCUAUUAAUAUAUAUGAAUGUUCAUAUCUCAAGUUAUUUCACAAGGAGGAUAUUGUUUAUGUGUCACCACAUGUCAGUCGAGAAUUAGAGUAUCAUCCAGAUGAUAUAUAUGUGAUAGGUGCAUUGAAUAGGAGUGAAGAAAAAUUAGCAUUGAAAAAGGCGCGACUGGAGGGUAUAAGAUGUGCAAGGCUCCCCUUAAACUUCAGGCAGUUGAAAAGGCGAAACUAUGUUCCUAGUCUUUGGGAGAUGUUUGAGAGGUUACUUAUAGAGAAGAAUAGUUGAGGAUAAAUUUCCAACAUUUUAAAUACCUAAAUAAAAUUGAAUCCAUUUCAUUUCUUGAGUUUUUGAAAAUUUUGUGGAAGUAAUUUUGUUUCCAUCCUGUACAGCAAUUUGUGGAAGUAUAUGCAAGAGGUAAAUGAAUUUAAUAAAAUGCCAUGUGCAAAA